AUGUCGGUGUUUAUCUCAGGCGCAACUGGUUUCAUAGCUCAGCAUAUAGUCACUCAAUUGCUGGAGCAGAAUUAUAAGAUCAUUGGUACAGCUAGAUCUCAGGCUAAGAUUGAUGGUUUAUUGGCACAAUUUGGCAACAAUCCAAACCUCUCUAUGGAAGUUGUAGAGGAUAUAUCCGAAUUAGACGCUUUUGAUGCUACCAUCAAGAAACAUUCUAAAGACAUCAAGUAUGUUUUACAUACUGCCUCACCGUUUCAUUUUGAAACUGAUCGGUAUGAGAAGGAUCUUUUAAUUCCAGCUGUCAAUGGUACCAAAGGAAUUCUAGAAAGCAUUCAAAAAUAUGCCGCUGACACAGUUGAGCGUGUUAUAAUCACCUCUUCUAUUGUCGCUGUCUUUGACGUGAAGAAAGAAAGGGAUAUCAACCAUGUAUUAACUGAAGCCGAUUGGAAUCCAUACACUUGGAAUACCUGUCAAACAAACCCCCAUACUGCUUAUUUUGGUUCCAAAAAACUUGCGGAAAGGGCAGCAUGGGAAUUUGUAGAAGAUAACAAGGGCAAAGUAAAAUUUACAUUAUCUACAAUUAAUCCAUCGUUUGUCUUUGGUCCUCAAAAUUUUGAUGAAGAUGUUACCAGCAGGUUGAAUACUUCUUGUGAAAUAGUGAAUCGUUUAAUCCACUCUAGACCUGAUGAUCCAAUUGAAGACUUGUACGCCGGGUUUAUCGAUGUUCGUGAUGUAGCUAAAGCUCAUGUUCUGUCAAUGCAGAGAAGCGAACUAGCAGGUCAGAGAUUGAUUUUGAACUCAGGAAGAUUUACAAUUCAAGAUAUUGUCGACAUCUUAAAUGAAGACUUCCCCGUUUUGAAGGGGAUGAUUCCAGUUGGAACUCCGCAUUCAGGUGCACAACACAAUAAACUUGGUGCAACCAUUGAUAAUUCUAGAAGUAAGAAACUUCUUGGCUUCAAGUUCAGAACUUUGAAGGAAACUAUUGAUGAUACAACAACUCAAAUUUUGAAAUUUGAGGGUAAAUUAUGA